AUGGCAUUUGCAGGGAUGCUGAGUGACGAUGAUAUCAAGGCUGCAGUCCAAGCUUGUCAAGCUCCAGGCACAUUCAACUUCAAGUUGUUCUUUGCGCAAGUGGGCCUGACCAGCUUGUCAGAGGCGGACGGCCAGAAAGUGUUCGCCGUCCUGGACCAAGAUAAGAGUGGAUACAUUGAGGAGGAGGAGCUCAAGCUGUUCCUUCAGAAUUUCUCCCCGGGGGCCCGGGUCCUGACUGUGGCCGAGGCUAAGGCUCUGAUGACUGCAGGCGAUAAGGAUGGGGAUGGCAAGAUUGGGAUGGAAGAGUUCUGCUCUCUGCUGAAAUGA